AUGUGGUCCCCUGUUGACUCUUCCCUCCCAGGGUGGGCAGGGGUGGUGCCUGAGAUGCUAGGACUUUCUGGCCACGACGAGCUGCCAGCAUCCUGUGGGAAGAAGUUCUGCAGCCGUGGGAGCAGGUGCAUGCUCAGCAGAGAGACGGGGGAGCCCGAAUGCCAGUGCCUGGAGGCAUGCAGGCCCAGCUACAUGCCUGUGUGUGGUUCCGAUGGGAGGUUUUAUGAGAACCAUUGUGAGCUCCACCGUGCUGCUUGCUUGCUGGGGAGGAAGAUCGUCAUCGUCCGCAGCAAGGACUGCUUCCUUAAAGAUGACCCGUGCCCCAUGGCCGACUAUGCCCGCCUGAAGAAUGUCCUUCUGGUGCUCCAGGCCCGCCGGCGGCCACUCCCAGAUGGGGACACCCAACAAGACCCUGCCUCUCAGAAGCGCCUCCUGGUGGAAUCUCUAUUUGCGGACUUGGAUGCAGAUGGUGAUGGCCACCUCAGCAGCUCGGAACUGGCUCAGCACGUGCUGAAGGAACAGGACCUGGAGGAGGGCUUCCUGGGAUGCUCACCAGGCGACCUCCUCCGAUUUGAUGACUACAACAACGAUGGCUCCCUGACCCUCCACGAGCUCUACACAGCUUUCCAGGUGGUUCAGCUUACCCUUGCCCCUGAGGAUAGGGUCAGCGUGGCCACAGUGACCGUGGGGCUGAGCACGGUGCUGACCUGCGCCAUCCGCGGAGACCUGCGACCACCCAUCGUCUGGAAGCGCAAUGGGCUUACCCUCAACUUCAUGGCCUUGGAAGACAUCAAUGACUUCGGAGAGGAUGACUCCCUCUACAUCACCAAGGUGACCACCAUCCACAUGGGCAACUACACCUGCCACGCCUCCGGCCAUGAGGAGCUCUUCCAGACCCACGUCCUGCAGGUGAAUGUCCCGCCAGUCAUCCGUGUGUACCCGGAGACCCAGGCGCAGGAGCCCGGGGUGGCAGCCAGUCUGAAGUGCCACGCAGAGGGCAUUCCUAUGCCCAGAAUCACUUGGCUGAAAAACGGCAUGGACGUCUCAACCCAGAUGUCGAAACAACUCUCCCUUUUAGCCAACGGGAGCGAACUCCACAUCGGCAGUGUUCGGUAUGAAGACACGGGGGCGUAUACCUGCAUUGCCAAAAAUGAAGUGGGUGUGGACGAGGAUAUCUCCUCACUUUUCAUCGAAGACUCUGCUAGAAAGACCCUUGCAAACAUUCUGUGGCGAGAGGAAGGCCUCAGUGUGGGAAACAUGUUCUAUGUCUUCUCUGACGAUGGCAUUAUCAUCCUGCACCCCGCGGACUGUGAGAUCCAGAGGCACCUCAAACCCACUGAGAAGAUCUUCAUGAGCUAUGAAGAAAUCUGUCCUCAAGUGGAAGGAAAUGGCACCCAGUCAUGCCAGUGGGCAUCGGCAGUGAACAUCAGGCACCGGUACAUAUACGUGGCCCAGCCAGCACUGAACAGAGUCCUCGUGGUUGAUGUGCAAGCCCAGAAAGUCCUACAGUCCAUAGGUGUGGACCCUCUGCCAGCUAAGCUGUCCUAUGACAAGUCUCAUGACCAAGUGUGGGUCCUGAGCUGGGGGGAUGUGCACAAGUCCCAACCAAGCCUCCAGGUGAUCACAGAAGCCAGCACCGGCCAGGGCCAGCACCUUAUCCGCACACCGUUUGCAGGAGUGGAUGAUUUCUUCAUUCCUCCAACAAACCUCAUCAUCAACCAUAUCAGGUUCGGCUUCAUCUUCAACAAGUCUGAGCCCGCAGUUCACAAAGUUGACCUGGAAACACUGGUGCUGCUCAAGACCAUCAGCCUGCAGAGCCACGGCUGCGUGCCACAGGCCAUGGCCCACACUCACCUGGGUGGCUACUUCUUCAUCCAGUGCCAACAGGAUGGCCCCGCUUCUGCCGCCCCCCAGUUGCUGCUCGACAGCGUCACGGACUCUGUGCUCGGCCCCAAUGGGGACGUGACUGGCACCCCACACGUGUCCCCCGACGGGCGCUUUGUGGUCAGCACUGCUGCCACCAGCCCCCAGCUGCACGUGCAAGAGAUCACGCUGCAGGGAGAGAUCCAGACUCUCUCUAGCCUGAAAAUAAGCCAGGGCAUCUCCGACGUGGCCUUCCAGCACUCCUUCACCCACAGCAAUCAGUACUACAUCUAUGCCCCCCUGGAGACAGAGCCAGACCUGCUGUUCCUGGAGCUGUCCACGGGGAAGACGGGCAUGCUCAAGAACUUGAAGGAGCCGCCCACGGUGCCCGCAUGGCCUUGGGGAGGGCCCCGCAGGAUCGUGAGGGACAGCGGGCUCUUCGGACAGUACCUGCUCAUCCCCGCCCAAGAGUCACUGUUUCUCGUCAACGGGAGACAAAACGCACUGCGGUGUGAAGUGUCGGGCGUAAAGCGGGGGACCACAGUGGUGUGGGUGGGCGAGGUAUGAAGGAGCCCGGGGCAGAGCCCUGGGCCACCGAGCACGGCCGAGUCCUCACACCGCAGCCCCAAGCAGGCGCCCUGUACAUUUUCACGGACAAAAGCAAAACCUGUAUCCGCUUUGUGGUUCAACACUGGCCUCCUUGCAAGUUUCCUAGUAUAAGGUAUGCGCUGCUAACCAGAUUGGGGUUUUUCGUUGGGAAGUAUGAUUUAUGCCUUGAGCUACGGUGAGAACACACGCUGCUGUGUAAAGGAGUCAUUUCUGUGCCCAGCUACACGCCAUGUUUCCUGGGGAACGCUGCGGAACCAAGAGCUCCUGCUUUCCAGGCUGACACUUGUGUCGGUUGCCUUCAUGUACUCAUUGUCCGUCACAGCCGGGUCCAGCCGACCUUCCCCCAAUGGAGUGGCCCCGAAGCCAGGCCUGGAAACUCAGUGCGAGCCCUGGCUUUCGCUCCAGGCAUGAGAGCCACGUCUGCCCUCAUUCCGGACCUUCUUUUCUCCUGCGCAGCCGCUUCAUGCUUUUUUUCCAUGUGACUUGGUGUAAGCCUGAGGGAGAUCCAGCCAGACUUCUUGCGUCUUGGGGGAUGGGGAAAUCACUUACUUUAUUUUGGAAAUUUUGAUUAAAAGAUAAUUUUUUAUAAUCUCAAAUGCUAGUAAGCAGAAAGAUGCUCUCCGAGGUCCGCUCUGUUCGUCCCUGCCUUAGGCCAAGUCUCUGCGAGUCACCACCCCACACCCAGAAAGAACAGCGAUCAUCCAGGAGUAAUGGUCCACUAUACCACGGACACCCUGAGUACAGAUCUAGCCACCAGAGUGGCAAAGACUUUGUUCUGGGCCGGGAUGCAAAGAGACCAGGACAAACCCUGUGUGCCUGCUUUUUACCACUGAACGGGGAUGUUUUAUGAGCCGGGCCCAGUUCCCCAGAUUCAGGGCAGACUGGGCUUGCCACGGGGGCGGCCUACAGAAGAGUGACCUCCUGGUGCAACACAAAGACACGUGUGGGGUCCAAGUGGCUUCUGUAGGCGAUCCCUUUCAAAAAUCAAUUUCUUUUCUGCCCGUGGCCCUUGCACUCAGCUCUAGCACGCCCGUCAUUGCAUCAUCACUGCACAGCACAUUUCAGUCUUUUCUUACACGUGGACCCUUCUGUCCCCAAUAAUAUACACUGCAAAACCCACAAUCAGAAGGCGGAGGGAAGGGGGGGCCAGUGGUGGGAGGGUGUGGGCUGCCAAUGCCUCAUGAUUCCCAAAUAUCUCAGACAAUGCUGGGCUGUCAGGGGGGCAUCGAGGAAGUACAACCCAGCUGACCCCGGGGAAGACAGCUCAUGUUGGAGAAUGUCAGCUUUGGGGCUCCCGGCACACCCCUUUCCUUCUCCCUCACCUCAUUCACCAAAACACACUUGUAUGCUUUCUGGCCUGAAUGAUCGGUUUUCAAGUCACGUGAAGUUGGAAGAGAUGGUCUCAUCAUGGACACCUCACCUAGGGCAGACCGCUUCACCCGCCAACAUGGCCAUGCUUUUCCCGCUCUGAUCACUGGCCGCUUUCAGGGAAAGGAAGACACAGACCCUGCCUUGCUGUAAAUACAGCUCCCUUGCACACUCACCUGAAUGCCCAACCUACCAGACCCCAACUUGAUUUCCUGAAAUCAGCCAGUCCUGUUGUCUCACGUAUCUUGGUCCAUCCAACGCCUGUCCCCUUCAACUCCCAAGAGUGUGCCUAGAUAUGUACAUGCAUACUUUAGAUUUCAUUACAUGUACUUGAGCUGUAGCUACAGGUUGAAAGGAUGGACUUCAAAAGCCGCAUACUCAGUUUCCCAAGAGCUGGGAUGGAUAGGUGACACCUCUCACCCUUUCUUCUUCCUGCCCCAAUCUCUUGACACAUUCACUUCCAGACUUCCACAUUUAUCACUGCAGUUCUCCACUUUCACCAACUUCUCCCUUUGGAAAAAUCUUCCAGAUGAUGGCAACCCCUGGCAGACAAAGUCUGAGCCUACCUGAGGAAGAGCCUACCACCUACCAGGUCAGGACAUCAGCCCCUCGGGGUCAUGGGUUCCUAAGUCAAAGACCAGUCCAAUCCCAGCAGGCCUUAUGAUCUGGGAGACUGCAGCAUCCGUUCCUUUGCCUCAUUCCUUCUGUUUCUAAGUGUGUCUGAAAAGCAUUUCAGCCUCUGGCUAACUCACUGUGCAAUUAACUGGAGAUGCCAGCUUAGGGCUCGGGGCCAGCAUUCCACACACUGUUGAAUCAGAGCAGGGAUUCAUAGGCCUGAAAACAGUGCAAUCUGCACAUUCACAAAGGCAAGAGAGUAAAUGCUUUUUCAUCACAGCAACUAGCCGAACUGCUGGGUGGGAGGCAGAGGAAAGGCUGGCCAGGCUGCCUCCCACCCCCCUUCCAGCCCCAGAAGCUCAGAGGAACACGGUCCCAAAGUCACUGGUGUAAGAAGUUACCACAGCAGGUGAGCCUUGCUGCCGACCCAGCCGCAGCCCUCUGACAAACACACAAGAUCACCUAACAACCAACCAAUACUUCACAUUAAAGAAGCACUUCAUCUUAACAAUGACACAUUCACAACGAACUAUUUCAAAAUUUACUGAAUUUUGAAAUAAAAUUUAA